AUGUCGUGGUUGAAGAGUGACACCCUCGUUUGGGCUUCGAGUGCCUCCACGUACCUGGCUCUAACGGCAGCUCUGGCUCUCACAUUUGCCUGGCUCUUGACGAGGCAACGGAAGUCGCUGCUUCUUGCCAAGCUCCCAGGCCCCAAAUCUCAUCCCAUCUUCGGAAAUUCUCGAUUCGGAGGUGGCACUGCGGCAGAGCGCAUGCAAUGGCUGAUCAACAACAGCCGGCUGGGCGAAGUGGUUAGACUCUGGAUUGGUUUCGUCCCCCUGUGCAUGAUCUGCAGCCCGAGAGGAGCUGAGGUUAUUCUGGCAAGUCAGAGGCACACCCACAAAGGGGCCAGUUACGACCUUCUCAGAGACUGGCUUGGUGAUGGUUUACUGUUAUCAACAGGUAGCAAGUGGCACUCCCGAAGGAAGCUCCUGACGCCCGCCUUCCACUUCAAGAUCCUGGAGGACUUCCUGGACGUGUUCAACGGGCAGAGUACGACGAUGAUCCAGCAGCUGCGAGGGAAGGCCGACGGGGAGCCGUUCGACAUUUUCCCUUUCAUCACGCGCUGCGCCCUCGACAUCAUAUGCGAGACGGCGAUGGGGCGGACGGUGAAUGCCCAGGGCAAUGUAGAAUCCGCUUACGUGAAAGCUUUAGACAAGUUUGCCUACCUUUACAUCAUGCGGUCGACGACGCCGUGGCUCCGCCCAGCGUGGCUCUAUAACCUCCUCGGACCCAGGAAGGAACGCGACGCCUGCCUGAAGGUUCUUCAUAGCGUGUCCUACGAGACCAUCGCGGAGAGGAAAGCUCUGCGGGAAAAGUCCAAGAAAAGCGGGGGAGAAUCGGAACCAGAGGACGAAUCAGUGAUAGGCAGGAAGAAGCGCCUGGCGUUCCUGGACCUCCUGCUGGAGUACUCGGAGGGCGGCGCCAAGCUCUCCGACGAGGACAUCCGCGAGGAGGUGGACACCUUCAUGUUCGAGGGCCACGACACCACCACGGCGGCCAUGAACUGGGUUCUCUACCUUCUGGGUCAUCACCCAGAGAUACAGGCUCGGGUCCACGAGGAGCUGGACUCGAUCUUCGGCGCCGAGGACCGCCCGGCGACCAUGGGCGACCUACGCGCCAUGAAGCUGCUGGAGAACUGCAUCAAGGAGGGCCUGAGGCUGUUCCCGUCCGUCCAGAGGUUCGGCAGGAUACUACACGAAGACGUCCGCAUAUGCGAUUACGUCGUCCCGGCCGGAACCAACGUCAUGCUCUUCCCGUACCGAAUCCACCGCGACCCGAAGCAGUUCCCAGACCCGGAGAGGUUCGACCCGGACCGCUUCCUGCCCGAGAACAGCAAACACCGCCACCCGUACGCGUACAUUCCCUUCAGCGCCGGACCCAGGAACUGCAUCGGCCAGAAGUUCGCCGUGAUGGAGGAGAAGGUCCUCCUGAGCAGCAUCUUCCGCAAGUUCCGCGUCGAGAGCACAGUUCCUCGAGAAGACCUGAAGCUCCUAGACAACGCUGUCUUGCGGCCGAAGGGCGGGAACAUCCUAAAGGUCUUCCCGAGGUCCUUGGCAUGA